UCUAUCCCUUUAAAUAUUAAAGUAUGUUAAAUAUUCAACCUUUGAUGUCUAUAAUUUAUUCAGAAGCUUACAGUGGUAAUGUGUGUUACAGACAUCAGUCCAUUUAUUGCUGUUGCCUCAUUCUCGAAAUCUGCUGACAUAUUUGUGUGUGUGUGUGUGUGUGUGUGUGUGUGUGUGUGUGUGUGUGUGUGUGUGUGUGUGUGUGUGUGUGUGUCGCAUAAUCAAAUUGAACAAAGCAGACAGAGCAACUAGGGUAUCUGUGAGGAUUUCAACCCUCCCUUCAUCUCUCUCUCUCUUUCUCUCCUCUCUCUCACGACAAAUUUAAAUGCUAUGUACUUGUGGAGCAUCUAAACCCUAAGAGUGUGGUUGUGCAAUCUCUAGCCUGUGUAUGUGCUUCUCAACCUCUGGCUAUUAUUUCAAAUGUUGAUGAGAACUGGAGACUCAAUAACUAGGGGAGACCUAUACAUUAUCUUCAGCCAAUGAAAAAUGCCUCGUAGACUCUGGAAGCAAGAGUUGCUGACCAUCCCCAAUGUGCCCCUGGCGGACUGCCCUCCCUCUCCCCCAAGAACCGCCCCUCCCGCCAUGAAGUCCACUCAGUUCUUUGAUGUACUAGAAAAGAUGGAGCAGGUUUCUGAAAUGGAGGAAAUGAGGCAUAGCCCACAAAGAAUAAAGGAUGAUUACAUUCCAUACCCACGGAUAGAGGAGGUAUUACAGCGGGGUGAGCCGUACCCUCAGGUCAUCCUGCCUCAGUUUGGGGGUUACUGGAUAGAAGACCCCGAGGCCCCUUCCACCAUUCCAAACUGGGAGAACAGUUGCUAUGAUGAGGAAGAUGGAGAGCGAGGGAAUUACGGAGAGUUUGGUUACAGACUGGAGAGUAACUAUGCUAUUCGAGCCUACCGCAAGCACUUUCUGGGCAGGGAACAUCUGAAUUUCUAUUGCACAGCCAGUAACCAUGGCAACCUCGUACUGUCCCUCGGCCACGAGGAGGUGAAGGAGCAAGAGUACCUGCACAUCAUUCUCAGGACUCCAUCAAAGACAAUCUAUGACAGGAUCUCUUUGACGGGUUUAACUGAGCUUCCCAGUGUCCCACAGUUAGCCAAGCUUCUAUGUGAAGAUAUUGUGGGUCUGAGGUUUAGUCCUGUGCUUUACCCAAAGGGCUCUAAAUUAAUCGUGAACUAUGAUGAGCAUGAGUUAAACAACACCUUUAAAUUUGGCAUCAUCUACCAAAAAUUUGGGCAGAUAUCAGAGGAGGAGUUGUUUGGCAACAGCGAGGAGACUUCAGCCUUCACAGAGUUCCUCAGAGUGCUAGGAGACUGUGUAGAGCUGCAGGACUUUAAAGGGUUUCGAGGUGGUUUGGAUGUGUCUCAUGGUCAGACAGGAUCUCAGUCUGUGCACACUGUGUUCAGGGGCCAGGAACUCAUGUUUCAUGUCUCCACAAAGCUGCCCUACACAGAGGGAGACACACAGCAGCUCCAAAGGAAAAGGCACAUAGGAAAUGACAUUGUGGCGGCAGUUUUUCAAGAAGAGGCUACACCUUUUGUGCCCGACAUGAUUGCCUCCAAUUUCCUCCAUGCCUACAUCCUUGUCCAGGUGGAAAACCCUGGAACAGAUUACACCAUGUACAAGGUGUCUGUCACAGCACGUGAAGAUGUGCCACAGUUUGGCCCUCCGCUUCCCAAUCCACCCAUCUUCAAAAAGGGUCCAGAAUUUAGAGAGUUCCUGCUGACCAAGCUGAUCAAUGCAGAGUUGGCAUGCUACAGGUCAAGCCGCUUUGCCAAGCUUGAGGAAAGAACACGAAUUGAACUGCUGGAUAACCUUCAUAAUGAGUUACACAAGCACACACAGGCAAUGCUGGGACAACCUCUCAGUGCAGAUGAAGAGAAAAUGGAGAACGGAGGACAUGGAGGAAUACUGGAGUCUAUCAAGCGGGCGAUGCGCGUGCGCAGUCACUCUAUGGAGACAAUGGUGGGCUCUCAGAAACAUGGCCGUAGCUCUACUGCAGGAGGAGGCAUGCCCAACAGCCUGAGUGGGGUCGGCCUGACCCACAGCAACACUGAGACUACCAAGAACUCUUCUCCAGUGACAUCGAGUGCGAAGUCUCCUUUGAAGAGCCCAGUGAAGAGACGGUCUGGACUGUUUCCACGGCUGCACACCAGUAUGGAUGGACAGCCAGAGCGCCACACACGCAGUGUCCUUUGUGAUCAGAGAAGUCUAGAUUGUGGUCAACUAUCACAGGAAAUGAGAUCAGAGACUUCAUCAAACCCCAGCUCACCAGAGAUAUUGAGCAAUGAGAGACCAUCUCUCAAGCUAAAGGAGGGCAAUGGAAGGCCAGAUAUCUCCCGUUCCUCCUCCAGCACCAGCAGCUUCAGUAGUGCUGCAGGAGACCCAGAGACACUGGAGGAGAAAGAGGCUAACAACCUCCAGAUAUCUCCCAGUCUCUCGCCCGUGUUUGGUUCUUUGAGCACAGAGGUUCAGAGUUCGGGCACGCCUGUGAUCAUGUGCCGCAGUCCAACAGAUAUCAAGAAUAAGACCUCACCCAGACCCAGUCUGAAGUUCCGAUUUGACAGGUUGGGCCAGUCAGCUGCUGGGCAUUAGCAAAGUGACACUCAAAGAAGACCAGAAUCAUGAAAGGAAAUGUAUAAGAACAGAAGAUCAGACACUGUCUACACCAAGAAGGUGGGAAAUUAAAGAGGGACACAAGCCUGUGCUCCCAAUCACAAUAUCACAUAAACAAGCACAUGAGUCAGCACACUGUAUGCUCAGAUAUUUUCAUCUGGUACUGACUUCAUCUGGCAUAUUUAUUCUGCCCGACAAGGGAAAAACACAGUAACUACACCAACAAUGAAACAGAGAAAAAUCGCUAUAAAAUGUUUUUUGUGUUAAUUUUGUUGAUAUUGCAAUUUUCACACUUCGUUUUCUCUGAGUCUGAGAAUAGUUGAGGCAAACCUACCUGUCAUAGGACAGAUCAUAGUCAAACAAAUUUUUGACCAAACGUGUAGUUACUGCAUUUUCCCUCUGCAUGGCAGUAUUGACCUUGCACAUUUUGAGAAUGUCUUUCACUGGCAAAAGCAACAUAUUGUAAUAUCUUGUGAGUUACUAAAAUGCCAUAUUUACAUGGAUCAGAAGUAGUGUUGGGUAUAUCCAAUCACAAAGUAAUAAGUUAAUGUAAUCUAAUUACUUGUUUGUCAAAAAGUAAUUUAACAUAUUGCAUUUAAAAUUCUUGUAAUCAGAUUACAAUACCUGAAUUUCAAUUAAAGUAAUUACUUUUAAAUACAUUACUUGCACUAAAGUAAUAUGUGCAAUACAUUUAAAAUAUUAAUUAAUAUGUACAUCUGUUAGCGUUUCUGUGACAGCUGAAGGGUGUACGACAAUGAAUGAGGAAGAAAUUUAGAAAUUUGAGCGGAAAACCAAAAACUUUUCUGUGAAAAGGGAUUUAGAAAGUAAAUUAAUUAGUAAUGUGAUUACUUUUUAGAUUCAAUUAUCAGUAAAGUAAUCUGAUAACAUUUUCAGAGAAGUAUUAAGUCAUUUGUAGUGGAUUACUUAUUUUUUUAGUUUAUCUAUGCGGUUGCAUAAAACAUCUUAAGUUUUAAACCCUUAAAGGUGCAGUAUGAAAGAUUCAGAAACCCUUCACCAGCAUCAUGCUGACAGAUGAGGUAGCAUAAUUUAAAUUACACAGUUAUGAUUGUUUUACUACAAACUUGAUUGUUGAAUCGUUGAAACUAUUUGAAAGUUACAAAUCAAGGUAGCAAGGCAAGAUCAAGUUAGUUAGAUUACACAGAUCAAUCCUUAUGGCACUAUAUUUCACAUGCUUUGCAGUUAUGUAAACUUACCUGUCCAAUAAGAAGAACGGCAAUUCAGGGUCGGUUUUGAUCCCCAAAUCCGAACGAAGGUCCCUCCAGCAAUCAAAUGCCCUGCUCUAGUUUUUGCUCGACCACUGUCAUGUUCCAGCUAAGCCAGACGGGAUUCAGUAUAUGAAGGUUUUAUUUUUUUUGGCUUACUCUGAGUUUGUGUAGGAGUCGGUGUUGAGCUGGGAGCUGGCCCUUUGUUGUAUUCCAUCUCUAAGAUAACAUUACCUAGUGUUGCAGUUUGUUGUCGCUGUUGAAUAGCAUAAGAGAAGCACUGAGGCAAGGCUCUCAGGAGUGAGCAUAAACAUCACAUCCUUUGGAUUUUCCUGGCAAAAGCAACCUGCUCCCUUCCCAUGAAAAUCAGUCUACAGGCAUUAACAGGCAACCUAGGAAGUCCAGGAAAGGCUAAUUUUUUAAGUUGUGUUACAAGCCGUUCACACAUUGGCAAAAAUAAGGUGAAUAAUACAUGAAAAUUGUUACAUACUGCACCUUUAAGUAUGACACUUAAAGUGUGAUUUUUCCUUACCUAAGGAAAUUAUAUGACGGCAUUGCAUAUACUGUAAUCCCUUUGACAGUUCUGUUAGCUAAGGGAAACUGUUUAGGAGUUUGCUACAGUGAGACAGAUUUUAUCAUAAUUCUACAGUUACCAUGGAUACAGAAAAAGAUGUCCCUACCUAUUUUCAGAAGAUCAGAUAUGUCCCAACCACAAUUUGGGCAAUUUUACCACAUGGAAUAUACUUUAUCUUUAAAGUAUGUUUUUAUUUUGUUUUAAAUGUCUAUUUAAACUUUCUCUGUAUCAUUAUAAAUGUGUAAAUUUCUCAAAUAACAAAAACACAUUUAUACAUUUCCAGCAUCUUAAACAUUCCACAGCAUUUUACAAACUCACAAAAUGCACUUGUCCAGCCAUAUGACUGCACACCUGGGCAAACCUUGAUGAAAAUGAACACAGUAGUGAUUCAUUAUACAUUUUCAUUAAUAAAUGAAUCUGGAAUGCAGAAUAAAGUGUUAAAAUAUAAUGGCACAACAUUCCAUUCCUCUUUAAUCUUUAAAAAAACAUUUGAAAUCCCUGGACAUGUGCCCUAAGAUCAUGCAUUGUUUGGAGGUGGUCCUGGCCACUACUGUGUUUUCUGAAACAAAGAGUAGUUUAUAACAUAAUAGCAUAUUGUUAAAAAACACUUGAUGUACUCAACUCUUUUGUUGAAAUUGGUCAUUUAUUGAAUAAUAAUGUGUACAUAUUAGAAAACCAAUAAUUACUUUAAUUUGUAAAUAUUUGUGCAUAUUAAUGUAAUGAAAAAGUGCAGAAGAAUGGAAAAUUCUAACGUUUGGCACAAACAGCUCAAAUGUGCUACAUUUUACACUUUUAGAGAGAACUCUAUGUUCUGUGUUAAUAUAUUUCUCUCUGAUUGUACUGCUACAUGUGUAAACGUUUCUGUCUGACAAUUGGUUGAUAUUGGUAAAUAAAAUAUUGUAUUUUGUAUUGGUGUUUAUUAUAUAAAAAUGUCUGUUCCAUUUGUGAGUACAUACAGUAUUUAAGUAGCUGACAUUAAAUACUUUUGAGAAGUUGACUUCUUACGCUGUGACAUGCUAUAUUCAAAGACUAUUUUAAACAUCUUUUCUAAUUGUAUAAGUAUUAUGCAUGCAUGCUUAAGCUAUGACGUCAUAGGCUAUUGAUUGAGAGACUACAAUAAAUGUAUGCACUUUGUAAAAAAAAUAUUUGACAGUGCAGGACCUUUCUAAAUGAAUUUGUGAAAGCAAAAAGAUGUUUAAUGUUG